UGCUGGUGUGUUCCAUUUUUUGUCAUAGGGUGCUGGCAGAUUACGGGCCUCCCAUUGCUGCUGUCUCCAUCGCCACACUCUGCCAUGUGCCACAUUCAAGGUCUCUUCACACUGCUGUGGUGUUGAAUUUUUUGACAUAGGGUGCUGGGCAGAUUACGGGCCUACCCAUAGCUGCUGCCAGGCCCCUAAUCUGCCAUGGGCCCCUGUACCGCCUCCUCUUGCUGCUGCCAGGCCCCUAAUCUGCCAUGGGCCCCUAUAUACUGCCUCCUUCAUGCUGCUGCCAAGUCCAGAGUCUCUCAUGGGUCCCUUGACAUGUCUCCAUUGCUGCUGUCU